AUGUCUAGUGAAGAAGUCAAGUCACCUGAAGCAUCUUCAGGUAAGCUCCAACCGCCAAGCUCUAACAUUUUUUCCAUGUUUGGAGCUAAAAAAGAAAAGAAGGAAGAUGAAUCAAAAGAGAUCGCCAAGGAUGAAACAAAGGGUGACUCAAAGGAUACUUCAAAGGAUGAUUCAAAGGAUGAUGCCAAGGAUGCUAAAAAAGAUGAUGAAGCGGCAGAUGAAGAAGAAGCCGAUGUUCACUUUGAACCUCUCGUUCAAUUAGAGAAAGUUGAUGUCAAAACAAACGAAGAGAACGAGGAUGUUGUAUUUAAGGUUCGUGCCAAAUUGUUCAGAUUUCAUCCUGAUACAAAGGAAUGGAAAGAGAGAGGUACUGGUGACGUGAAAUUCUUGAAACAUAAGGUAACAGGUAAAACUCGUAUUUUGAUGAGAAGAGAUAAGACACUCAAGAUAUGUGCGAACCAUUUGAUUGCUCCUGAGUAUGAGUUAAAGCUUAACAUCGGAUCCGAUAGAUCUUGGGUUUACUCAGUGACAGGAGACGUAUCUGAAGGUGAACCUGAAGCUCAAACUUUGGCUAUUAGAUUCGGCAACAAGGAAAAUGCGGAUAAAUUCAAAGAGCAUUUCGAUAAGGCCAGGGAAGAAAGUAAGGAAUUAUCUAAAUCUAGUUAG